UAUUCACGUGUUUUGACAGUCAGAUGACGGGUGUCCUGCUGCAGACAUUUAAGAUACACACACCUCUUAAAUUCACUAUUCAGUUGUCAUUUCACGGUCUUGGAAGAACGAUGUCAGGAGAUUUAACGGGACUGAGAAUUCCAUACAAAGAGAAGCAUGAGGUGUUUGAUUUUGAUCAUCUGGCGUCCAAAGAUCCGUACCUCCAGUUCAAAUGUUGGCUCGACAAGGCGCUGAGUACUGAUGGAAUUAAGGAACCCAAUGCAGUGGCGCUGGCUACAGCAACCAAGAAUGGAUUUCCGUCGUUGAGAGUUGUUUUAAUCAAAGAAUACAGUCAGAAAGGUGGCUUUUUGUUUUUCACAAACUAUGAGAGUCGCAAAGCCAGAGAGCUGGAAGAAAAUCCACAUUGCAGUUUACUUUUCUUUUGGCCAGAACUAAUGCAGCAGAUAAGAAUAGAAGGGACUGUGUCAAAGUUGUCGGAAGAAGAAUCGCUCCGCUACUUUAAUACGAGGCCGAAGCCCAAUCAGGUUGGAGCAAUCGUCAGUCGCCAGAGCCAAGUUGUGUCAAGUCGACAGUUUCUUGAUGAAAAGUAUGAUGCUCUGUUUAACCACUAUUCCGCUAAAAGUGCUGUUGUACCAAAACCUGACUAUUGGGGAGGUUACUCUGUGCAGCCUUCUGUGUUUGAGUUUUGGCAGGGACAGUCAGACCGACUUCAUGAUCGAAUAGUGUUCCGGAAACCAGUGAAAGGGGAAACAAUCAAUCCGGAAACUACUCAUCUAGGAGAAAAUGGCUGGGUGUUUGAACGACUUUCUCCAUAGAUUAAAAAUAUCAUAUAUAGAUUAGACACAGUUUUUUUAUAUACAUGAAUGGCAUGGAUUUGUGCAUGUAUGUAUAUACAUGAAUGGCAUGGAUUUGUGCAUGUAUGUAUAUACAUGAAUGGCAUGGAUUUGUGCAUGUAUGUAUAUACAUGAAUGGCAUGGAUUUGUGCAUGUAUGUAUAUACAUUCUUCAUUGAUUCAAAGUAAUAUAUAGAUUAAACAGUUCAUAUGUUGGAAUUGGAUGAAUUUGUUCUUAUGGAUAUAUUAUCCAUAGAUUAAUUUUUUGUUACAGUUUAAAUGCUUUUUACAUUCAGGAACAGAAUGAAUUUGUACAUUCUUCAUAAAUUAACAAAAGAAUAUAUAUACCAUAUAACCCGAUAUUUUCGUGGGUUUUUAUUUUCAUGGAUUUCGAUGGUAAGUAGGCAGCAUCGAAAAUAUAAAACCUCAAAAAUAUCUUGAUGUAUCAACAAUUCUAUGAUAAAAAAUAAUUGUGAUCAGCAAAAUAAAAUUCACGCGAAUCUCCGAAUCCGAUUCGCGCCAGGAUUUGCACAAGCAUAAAACAUCCGAAUCUAUUUGGAUUUGCGUGAAAUAUUUCCAAAAAAUUAUUAAAUUGAAUAAUCAGUGAAUAAAACAUUACUGAAUUUAAAAAAUGAAAUAAAAUAAAAAAUAGUCUGGUCAUCAAGCUUCAGUUUAAACUGGCUUCAAAAGCGUAACAUACAUUUGAAUCCGUGCAUGUUCAAAACGUGGUUUAUCGAGACUAGUCUGGCCUGGAGCCAAGCGGUGGUUGGCCCAUUUCUAUGAACCAAAUUGCAAACGAAGAGAACCGAAAGGAACAUGUUUGUUCAAUAUUUACAUAAUAACAAUAGACAAUAAUUAAGUGUUUCCAAAUUUACUAAUACACCAAACAUUUCUAUGUUAGUUCGCUAAUAGUAUGUUCCUAACCUUGAAUUACCUGUUCUUUUACCUGCAAAAUAUAUCGGCAAAAGUAUCCUUUGCGCUGUUUACGAAUAAGCAAUCUUUGAAAAGUAAUGGGAAACGUCCGCCAGACUGGUUUGGAGGUUCACAGUAAAUCAAAUGGCCACAUUGGAAACCAAUCAAAUAGUUUGCGAACGUUAGCAAAACGUUUGCUGGCUGAACUUGGGGCUAGUAAGACACCUAAAAACACUAACUGUAAAAAAAAAAUGGAAUCAACAAGUAACAAAACUGUUAUUAAAAAAAAAAAAAAUGUUUUUUGUUUUUUUUGCUUUAAAAUUGGAUAAACUGUUACUGACAAAUUGGUUAUUCUUUCCAAUAAAUAGUAAGGUGUUUUUGUGUGUGUGGGUUAAUCCAUAUACAGUGAGUAGCAUAUGACACAGAAUUCUAUAUACUAACACUGUUGAUAAAGUUCUUCUCUGAAACAUUUUAGAAUCGGAGGAUUCCUGUGGACUGCUUCAAUGGGAAUCCACAUUUUUAAGCCCUGCUACCAUGCAUAAACCAUAGAAAACUACAAGGGAAUAAUAUAUUCAAGACACCAAGUUCUUAUAUUCUGUACAGUAAAGUAUGUACAUACUGGUUUGUGCGCUAUGCUGGUAUACUGAGCCAGCUUACUAUAUGAAUAUGUAUGGAAUGUGUCAAGCUGAAAUUACAAAUUAUACAGUCCAAGUUAGAAAACUUCUCACAAAUCUCAAUUGGCUUUAUAUAAAUUAAAGACCGAUCAGUUGUCUUGCUAAUGGCAUACAAUAUUAAUAAUAUUAUCCACUCCAAUCUUGAUCAGUUGUCUUGCUAAUAGCUUACAAUAUUAAUAAUAUUAUCCACUCCAAUCUUGAUCAGUUGUCUUGCUAAUAGCAUACAAUAUUAAUAAUAUCAAACUCCAAUCUAAUCCAGUUAUGGUACAGUUACAGAAUGAUUUGUGAAUAUUAUGGAUAUAUUUUCCUUAGAUUAAAUAAAAUAAUAUGUAGAUUAAAUACAGUUUAUGUACAGCACAGAUUUGUCUAUUUAGAUACACUGUAGAAAAAAAGGAUUAAAUACAAUUUACAUACAGGAACAAAAUCAGUUUUCUAUAUGAAUACAUUCUCCACAAAUUAAAAAACAACAACAACAAAGAAGAAAAACUCAAAACAAAACAAUGGAUGGAUGAAUUAAUUAUAGUUGAUAUAUAAUUUUUGUCCAUAUGGAUUCGCUAUAGAUUGAUACAAUAAUUUAUUAAAUAAUUGUAGCAUAUUCAAUGUAAUAAAACUUGGAUAUUUUUUAGAUCACAUACUUUCAGAAUUUAAUAACUUUGCAGACAUUUUCGUUUUUUCAUCUGAUGGCUUUCAUACAUGUAAGUAGGCAAUUUUGGUGAUGUUUUCACCUCUCGAAGUCAUGAGGAGAAGCCUGAUAUCUAUGGUGUUUGAUAGUUUUUUCCUCCAGGUAAAAUUCUCGCCAUGCAUGGACACAUCAUUAGCUAAGUGCUGAGCAGACAUAACUAAGUAACCAAUGGAAACAUAAAUUAAUAAAACCCAUUAUAUUAACAUUACAUCUUAGUGUGAUGGCCACAGGCAAACUUGCUUAGCACUUGGAUCGUGUGUGAUAAAACUGCUAUGAGCCAACAGCUGAAGUAACCUUUCGCUCAGUUAAUAGAUUUCAUAUGCCGCCCACUUUGUAUAUACAAUGGAACUCCUCAAAUCGGCCACCUAUAAGAUUAAGUAAACAGUCCAGUUUAAGGGUAUCUGGUAUAGAGAGGUUCUGUUGUCUACUGUUACUUUAAAAGUGAGAGUUUUGAGGGAGUUUCAGUAUAUUGAGUAUUCGGUUUUGACGAUAUUCACUGCAUAUAAAUUUUAGUUAUACUUUAUUUUUCAUUUUGUUUCUCACUUUUUUUUAAUAAAUUUGUUUUUAGAAUUUUAUUCUGAUCACUAAUCGACCGAGUCAGGUUACAACAAAGCAAAUGUUUAAAUUUUUAAGGGUGUUCUAAAGAGCUUUAUUUGUUGAUGUUGAAUUAUGUAAACAUGCAUAUUUAUAUUUUAACAGCUGGUGUGCUUUCAUAAUUGUUAAUUAUGUACAUCAUUUGUUUUUAAAUCUUUCAUCUCGUUUGUAAUAAAUGUGUGAUUUUAAGAAAUUAUGGUCAUGUGAUGAGACCAAUAUGAUGUUUUAUGGAGCAAAACUAAAACAUACAUUUAUGAAUUUAUUUUGGAUGCAACAUGAUGGGUGUGCUUACAAGUAACUCGACUAGUUCAUUAAUGAUAGCUUUUUAUGCAUGUUAAUCUGUUCACUCAGUCGGUUGACUGCUGUUAGCAUGACCAGUUUGUUGUGGCGGAAAUUUCUUUCCCUUCUUAUUCCUGACUGUCACACUUCAAUAGAUCAUAAACUGGAAUUUAUUUUUAGUACUAGCCAAAAAUCCAAGUACAUGAAGUUGGCGUACCUCCCCUACAGUCUGCUUCUUCGUCAGGGCGGGAUUUAGCUCAAUUGGUUGAAUGCUCGCCUGAGGUGCUUGCAUGUAGUCAAUCAAUGGUGUAGCUGAUCCUCAUCUUCUCAUCCCACGGUGUUCAGUGGAUGUUCUUGGUGAUUGAAAUUCCAUAUAGUCAAUCAUUGGUGUGGCUGAUCUUCAUCUUCUCAUCCCACGGUUUUACGUGGAUGUUCUUGGUGAUUGAAAUUCCAUAUAGUCAAUCAUUGGUGUAGCUGAUCAUCUUCUCAUCCCACGGUGUUCAGUGGAUGUUCUUAGUGAUUGAAAUUCCAUAUAGUCAAUCAAUGGUGUAGCUGAUCCUCAUCUUCUCAUCUCACGGUUUUAAGUGGAUGUUCUUGGUGAUUGAAAUUCCAUAUAGUCAAUCAUUGGUGUAGCUGAUCCUCAUCUUCUCAUCCCACGGUGUUCAGAGGAUGUUCUUGGUGAUUGAAAUUCCAUAUAGUCAAUCAAUGGUGUAGCUGAUCCUCAUCUUCUCAUCUCACGGUUUUAAGUGGAUGUUCUUGGUGAUUGAAAUUCCAUAUAGUCAAUCAUUGGUGUAGCUGAUCCUCAUCUUCUCAUCUCACGGUUUUAAGUGGAUGUUCUUGGGGAUUGAAAUUCCAUAUAGUCAAUCAAUGUUGUAGCUGAACCUCAUUUUCUCAUCCCACAGUUUUAAGUGGAUGUUCUUGGGGGUUGAAAUUCCAUAUAGUCAAUCAUUGGUGUGGCUGAUCCUCAUCUUCUCAUCCCACGGUUUUAAGUGGAUGUUCUUGGUGAUUGAAAUUCCAUAUAGUCAAUCAUUGGUGUAGCUGAUCCUCAUCUUCUCAUCCCACGGUGUUCAGUGGAUGUUCUUGGUGAUUGAAAUUCCAUAUAGUCAAUCAAUGGUGUAGCUGAUCCUCAUCUUCUCAUCUCAUGGUUUUAAGUGGAUGUUCUUGGGGGUUGAAAUUCCAUAUAGUCAGUUAAUGGUGUGGCUGAUCCUUAUCUUCUCAUCCCACGGUCUUCAGUGAAUGUUCUUGGCGAUUGAAAUUCCAUGUAGUCGAUCAAUGGUUUGGCUGAUCCUCAUCUUCUCAUCCCACAGUUUUCAGUGGAUGUUCUUGGCGAUUGAAAUUCCAUAUAGUCAAUCAUUGUUGUAGCUGAUCCUCAUCUUCUCAUCCCACAGUGUUCAGUGGAUGUUCUUGGUGAUUGAAAUUCCAUAUAGUCAAUCAUUGGUGUAGCUGAUCCUCAUCUUCUCAUCCCACGGUGUUCAGUGGAUGUUCUUGGUGAUUGAAAUUCCAUAUAGUCAAUCAUUGUUGUAGCUGAUCCUCAUCUUCUCAUCCCACGGUGCUCUAUGGAUGUUCUUGGCGAUUAAAAUUCGAUAUAGUCAAUCAAUGGUGUGGCUGAUCCUCAUCUUCUCAUUCCACAAUUUUCAGUGGAUGCUCUUGGAGAUUGAAAUUCCAUAUAGUCAAUGAAUGUUGUAGCUGAUCCUCAUCUUCUCAUCUCACGGUGUUCUAUGAAUGUUCUUGGCGAUUGAAAUUCCAUGUAGUCGAUCAAUGGUUUGGCUGAUCCUCAUCUUCUCAUCCCACAGUUUUCAGUGGAUGUUCUUGGCGAUUGAAAUUCCAUAUAGUCAAUCAUUGGUGUGGCUGAUCCUCAUCUUCUCAUCCCACGGUUUUAAGUGGAUGUUCUUGGUGAUUGAAAUUCCAUGUAGUCGAUCAUUGUUGUAGCUGAUCCUCAUCUUCUCAUCCCACGGUGCUCUAUGGAUGUUCUUGGCGAUUAAAAUUUCAUAUAGUCAAUCAAUGGUGUGGCUGAUCCUCAUCUUCUCAUUCCACAAUUUUCAGUGGAUGCUCUUGGAGAUUGAAAUUCCAUAUAGUCAAUGAAUGUUGUAGCUGAUCCUCAUCUUCUCAUCUCACGGUGUUCUAUGAUUGUUCUUGGAGAUUGAAAUUCCAUGUAGUCGAUCAAUGGUUUGGCUGAUCCUCAUCUCAUCCCACGGUGUUCAAUGGAUGUUCUUGGAGAUUGAAAUUGAAAUUAUUACAGUGACAGUAAUAAAUAUUUAUACUAGAUAGAAGAUUAUCUGUUACAGAACAAAAUAGCAGUGACUGGCUACAUUUUAUUUUACAAAUAAAAAUGGGACGGUUGUUUUAACAACUUUACAUAACUAUACAGACAAUCCUCCUGCUUCUCCCAUAAUGACCGGCCUCGAGGCAUGGGAUGUUUAAUCCAGAUACCGACUCCAAACCCUGAGUGAGUGCCCCGCAAGACUUGAUGGGUAGGUGUAAACCACUUGCACCGACCAGUGAUCCAUAACUAGUUCAACAAAGGCCAUG